GGUCGGAUUUGAAUCCACUAGGCCGUGAGCUGGUCGUCAGGCGGUUCUCACUCACAGCAUUGUAGUCACCACCCCGGUUCAGAGAGUUAAAACUUUUACAAUGGCAGCAAUCAGUUUAUUGAACCCGAAAGCCGAGUUUGCUCGUGCCGCACAAGCCCUUGCUGUCAACAUUUCUGCGGCAAAAGGAAUUCAAGAUGUAAUGAAGACGAACCUCGGGCCGAAGGGCACAAUGAAGAUGCUGGUCUCUGGUGCAGGUGAUAUUAAGAUCACCAAAGACGGCAAUGUACUUCUUCAUGAAAUGCAGAUUCAGCACCCAACAGCUUCACUGAUUGCACGUGCUUCUACAGCUCAAGAUGACAUGACUGGUGAUGGUACUACGUCAACAGUUUUGCUUAUUGGAGAACUGAUGAAACAAGCUGACUUAUUCAUUUCAGAGGGUUUGCAUCCACGCAUUUUAACAGAAGGAUUUGAACAAGCCAGGAAGAAGGCUGUUGAAGUUCUUGACUCCAUGAAAAUUCCCGUUGAAGCUAAGAGAGAGGCUCUCCUAGACAUUGCCAGAACAUCAUUAUCUACUAAAGUACAUGCUAAACUGGCUGUUGCACUUGCAGAAAUUUGUGUAGAUGCUGUACUGGCCAUUCGGCAUGAUAAUAAGCCAGUAGACCUGCAUAUGAUUGAAAUGAUGGAAAUGCAGCACAAAACAGAAAUGGAAACAUCACUCAUCAAGGGCCUUGUUAUGGAUCAUGGUGGCCGCCAUCCUGACAUGCCCAAGAGGGUGGAGAAUGCUUACAUUUUGACAUGCAAUGUCUCUAUGGAGUAUGAGAAAAGCGAGGUGAAUUCUGGUUUCUUCUAUAAAUCAGCAGAAGAAAGAGAGAAGCUUGUUUUAGCAGAGCGUGAGUUCAUUGAGAACCGUGUGAAGAAAAUUGUUGAGUUGAAAAAGAAACUAUGUGAUGGCACUGACAAAAACUUUGUUGUUAUUAAUCAAAAGGGUAUUGACCCUAUGUCCCUGGACAUGCUUGCCAAAGAAGGCAUUCUUGGUCUGCGUCGGGCUAAGCGGCGCAACAUGGAGAGGCUUGCCUUAGCUUGUGGUGGUCAAGCAGUUAAUUCUGUUGAUGACUUGGAGGAGAGCUCCCUAGGCUAUGCUGGUCUUGUUUAUGAACAUGUGUUGGGUGAGAAUAAGUACACAUUUGUUGAAGAAUGUAAGUUUCCUCAAAGUGUUACAAUUCUCACAAAAGCACCCAACAAGCAUACACUAGUUCAAGUGAAGGAUGCAAUUCGAGAUGGACUUCGGGCAGUCAACAACACUCUGCAAGAUGAGUGUGUUGUGCCUGGUGCCGGUGCCACUGAAAUAGCAAUUCAUCAAGAAUUAAUGAAGUACAAGGAAUCUGUCAAAGGGAAGGCUCGACUUGGCAUCCAAGCUUUUGCCGAGGCAUUACUUGUACUUCCUAAGACUCUAGCUGUGAACAGUGGCUUUGAUUCACAAGAUACUAUUGUGAAAUUGCAAGAAGAAUCAGUAUCCACUGGUGAGCCUGUUGGUCUUGAUAUCAACUCAGGCGAAGUUUUGAAACCUCAGGAGGCUGGUAUUGUUGAUAACUUUAUUGUGAAGAAGCAAAUUAUCAACUCAUGUACUGUCAUUGCUAGCAAUCUUUUGCUGGUGGAUGAAAUCAUGAGGGCUGGCAUGUCGUCUCUGAAGGGCUGAAAGGUGAUGGAGGAACUUUUAAAUAUUUUCUGCACUAUCCCCUAUGAACUAUGGAGGCUUUUAAAUGUAACACCAUUAUUCAAUGGGACCUUGCUUUUGCAUUUAUCCUGAUUUACUUACAGCACAAUGAGUUUCAAAAUUGAAUUUUCUCAAGCUUAUUCCCAGUGUUUGCAAUUCAUGUACUAAUCUAGCCUAUAAGAACUGAGUUUGUUUAUUUUAUACUCAUCACAAUUUCAUCCAUUCUGUAUUCCUUCAUACCAUUCUGUGCCUUUCACUUAAUUUUGUAACAUAUAUUUAAUAAAGUUUGUUUCUUGACAAGCUUCA